CCACACAGACUCUCGCUGGCAUCUCUGGAGGGCAGCCCCAUCUCCAGCCCAGUCUGGUCCCGUCCAGGGUGUUGGGAGCUGAUCACGCCUGAUCAUUGCUGCAGUUCACCCAUCCUCUGAGAGAGAGCCUCACAGCUCUGCUGCCUUCCUGCUGACUGCGCCUAACUCUCAGGUUAACUCCAGGCAUCGUCUGCUGGAAGGAACAACAAAGAAGCAAACAAGCCUGUGGAUCAUCUCAAGGGGGAGAAGUGAGAAACCACUGGAGGAUACCUGCUGUUGUGGAAUCCAAGCUGAUCUUAUCAACAUUGACACAGACGAAGAACCCAGACCUCAACAUUUUACAGUAACACAAACUGUUCUCUGUCUUUGUGGGGCACUGAUUUGACCCUCCGGAUCAUAGACUGAUAGAAAACCAAAACAAGUCUAUUUGAUUCAAACACUUUUCAUCAUGGCAACCACAGGCAUGCAGCUGAUGGGCCUGAUUCUGUCAAUUGUUGGCUGGGUAGGUGGUGCAGUGGUCUGUGCCAUCCCCCUGUGGAGGGUCACUGCUUUUAUAGGCAACAACAUUGUGACAGCUCAAAUCAUCUGGGAAGGCCUGUGGAUGAAUUGCAUAGUGCAGAGCACAGGUCAAAUCCAGUGUAAGGUGUAUGAUAGCUUGCUGGCUCUGCCCAGCGACAUGCAGGCUGCCCGAGGCCUCACUGUGUUCUCCAUCCUGCUCUGUGGUGUAGCUCUCACCAUGGGGGUUCUUGGAGUCAAGUGCACCAAAUGCAUAGGGGUCAACAGUCUCAAGGCCCGCAUCGCUCGCAUUUCUGGGGCUUUGUUUGCCAUUGCAGGGUUCCUUUACCUCGUCCCUGUUUGCUGGACUGCCCAUUCCAUCAUCAGGGAUUUCUAUGACCCACACGUGGCGGCUCCACACAAGCGCGAGCUCGGCCCUGCCCUGUACAUCGGCUGGGUGGCGUCAGCUUUGCUUCUGAUCGGUGGUUCUCUGCUCUAUGGAGGGUCCAGUCCCCCUGGCAUUCCAGGCUCUCCCACCUUCAGCAGUGGAGAAAGCAGUCCCCGUAGGGCUCCUGCAACACAGGUCAAAGGUUACGUCUGAAAGCCCUCAAGCUCCUUAAAUCCACCUCAUCUGAUGAGAUUAUGACUCAUUUUUUGCCCCUCUUGAGUUCGCUCCUUUUCGUAAUUAUGCAUAAAAUGUUUCUCCAGUUUACGUUUUUCUUUAAAAAAGUUACAUAAGGCCUUAUAGAAAAAAUUACAUGUUUUUUAUGAUUUCAUAUCCAAUUUUUUUUAACAACAUUUUUUUCUGUCUGUCAGUCAAAUACAAUAAAAGUUGUAUCCUCUAAUGAGGAAAGUUGUGUGUGCACAUUUUUACAAACAUAAAAUCUUUUAAAAACCUUGA